ACUGUAAAAAAUGUAAAAAAAACCAAAUGGCUGCUAAUAAUGCUCCAAAGACUGGACUUUUGAUUGACUUUGAAGAAAAUGAUGAUCAGUCAGCAUCAGAUACAACCAUAUCAUCACCCAACGAUGUACACGCGAUAAGAACAAGAAAGUCUAUUCCGGAUUUAGAACAAGUCUUUCUGACAGAACUCGAGUAUUAUCGCAAUCACAUACCAGUGUAUCAACCAAAUGAUUUCUUUCGGAAACCUGAAGACGACGAAGAGUCAAACCAUGCAAUGAAAGACCCCGAGAAUAUGCUGCUUCCUAUUACAAAAUCUGCUUCCUUGAAUUCAAUGGAGGAAGCUCCACCUCUUCCUCCUCGUCCUCCUCGUCCACCAAAACGCACCAAAUCAAGCAGUGAAUCAGAGUUAUUGGAACGUUUAAAAGAAGCUGGUGUGAUUAUUUCAGAAGUUUUAAUCCCGAUAUCGUCGAACAAUCAUAGUGCCAGUUCGGAUGAUAUAGAUACGCUGUUUCAAGAUCAAAAGUCUCUGUCACGCCCAAAGUCAUGCGAUUCUCGUUUGCAGAUUGAAUCAAAUGAUAGGAUGAGAAAUAGCACCGGAAUUAAAUCGAAUACUUUGCCAAGUGGUUUACUGCAAUUUGAUUCAUUAACUGACAAUGCAUCUUUUAGUCAUAAACAUGCAAGGGAAAGUUUGCUCACACAAAGUGAUCGAAAAAUUAAAACGUUGUCAGCACAGGACUUACUCACUCUUGAAGACGUCGAGAGAGUAAAAAGCCUGUCGUUUGUUGAGAGUGGACCGAAACCUCCACCAAGACCGGUGUCGCCGAACAUAAACAGAUUCUCGUGUCCGCCCGGCGUGGGAUCAGAAUUAAACCCUCAGGUUGACAACACUAAGAUAUUCUUUGGGAAUAGUUUGUUUCAAAAAGCGAAAGAAAGAAACGAUGAGGCGAUCGCGUUCAGAUCUUUAAUAGCAGAUGUUCGAAAACUUUACCGUUGCUCUGAUUUAACUACAAACCCGGGGUAUAUUUCACCAGCGGUUGUUAAAAACAAUGCCAUUCAUGAUGGCGACGUAAACGUGUGUGUUUAUUUUGAAACUCUGCCUGAGCCUAGAAGUUUUACGUGCAAGUUGUCAUGCACGUCAAAUCAAGUGAUUGCAAGUUCUAUCGCACACUUUCGCGGAGACUGCUCUGAGCUGGAUCUUUUAUCCGACCAGUAUGUGCUUAAAGUAAUCGGUUAUACGAUGUAUAUGCAUGGUGAUACAAAAUUAUGUGAUUACGUCCACGUGCAGGAAAGCCUUAUACACGGUGCGAACUUAAAUUUAUCGAUCGUGCGUCGAAACCACGUGAAUGUGGAGUUGUCACGUGACCAAAAAGACGAUGAGGAGGAUUGUAGUGGUGUUCAUUUUCAGCAUUAUUUUAACAUUCCCGCGUCACUGACAGUGUCGGAGCAAGGUCUGACGGUUUUAUUAGAUACUUACAACAAGGAAGUUGCUGAGCUCAUCAAAAAUGUUUCAAAAACCAAUGAGAAUAAGUACGUUCCCGACAAACUAAUUCAGGUUGUGAAAGCUAUAUCAAGCGCUCUUGCCAACGUGGAGUUGCUUCAAAUUCAAGACGCAGUCAACAUGUUGCUUUCUUUAAAAAAAUCUACGAAUAAAUUCAGAACUAUUAGCCAUCAUCCCAGAGACCAGCAUAAUUUUAACCAGUAUUUGAAUCCCAUGUACUUUGAUCGAGGUCGUUUUCAUCUAGCGUUAGAAAAACUCACCGCUGGUGUUUACUCGUUAAUCAAAUUAUACUGCAAGGCGUUCCAAACACAAUUCACGCCCCUCGAAUCUGAACAACGCCACGGUGAAUUUUCUAACGUUUACGAACGUAUCGAUCCCCGCUCUCUGACAGACAAAUUUAUUGUCCGUUUAUCGUCUGUGCACCGGCUGCCGUCACAAUGGAAACAUAAUUACGAACAGUUCGAAGUUUCCGUAGGGUUAUAUUAUGGCGGACAUUCGCUCUGUCCGGUUAGACGUUCGCAGAAGUCGAGAGUGUGUGUAGGCUUUUUCGAGUUGAUUAGGUUCGAUGAGUUACUCGAAUUUGAUAUUGUUGUUAAAAAAAUACCUCGCGAGGCUAAGUUGGGUUAUGUCUUGCAUGGUUUGAGCCCACCGAAGAAAGGUACAGAUGGCAAGACUGUGCUAGGUUGGUUCACAUGCAACAUGUACAGUUAUGAGGGCUUUCUUCAGACAGGGAGCAGAUUGUUCGGAUUGCUUAACGAUGACGAAUUCAACCCAGUAGCGACAUGCGCUACGAACAAUAUCCAAAGAGCCAAUACUGUUAUCGCAAAAAUUGAUUUUCAAGUUUACCAUACCGAAGUAAUAUUUCCUGAGCCAGUUUUGUUGUCUGGCAACAUAAGUCAUGAGAAUGAACGUUAUAGCGAGCGAGAAAUACAGUAUAUCGUUAGUAAAAUGCUACAGAAAGAUCUCGGCAUCAUAACAAAAGAGGAAAAGCGUGUCAUUUGGGAUGCCAGGUUUUCUUUGUUACACCUCCCAAAUGCGUUGGUUUACGUCCUAGUGUCCGUGCCGAGUUGGGAUUCCGAGAAUGUAGUUGACGUACAUUUAACAUUAAGUUGUUGGUGCAGGCUUCCACCUGGUGAUGCUUUGGAGCUCCUUCAGGCUGAUUAUCCCGAUAAAAUGGUUCGGGAAACUGCCGUGCUAUGGUUGGCUGACAUGCCGAAUGACGACUUAUGCGAAUGUUUGCUUGAAGUAGUACAGGCGUUGAAAUACGAGGCUUACCAUAAUUCCGCACUUGCACAAUUUUUGAUAAAAAGAGCCUUGGCCAACCCAAGAAUUGCACAUUAUUUGUUUUGGCAUUUAAAAUACUAUACCGGUGACCGGCAAUUUUGUCAACGCUUUCAGCUUGUCUUAAGUGGAUUAUUAAGUGUUUGUGGCGUGCGGCUGCGUUCUCAGUUAUCCAAACAAGAUGCGCUAAUUGUUUCACUCUCAACCGUGGCUAGCAAAGUUAAAGACGCUAAGGAGUCGCUACGGACGGUUAUUUUGCAGAAAGAACUUGCUAACUUAAACAGACAGCUCGAUUCGACUGUACGAUUGCCGCUUGAUCCUGCCAUCAAAAUUUCCUCCGUCACUCCGGAGAAUUCGUCGUAUUUUUCAAGCAAUACUGUUCCGCUGAAGGUCGCCUUUCGAAAUGUUGACCCGCGAGGUGAUGAAAUCAACGUCAUGUUUAAAAUUGGGGAUGAUCUACGAAAAGAUUUAGUCACUCAGUUGAUGUUCGGAGUGAUGAACAAGUUAUGGAUAAACGAGGGAUUAGAUCUCGACAUGAUGCUAUACAAGGUUUUACCGACAGGACCGCUGACCGGUCUUAUCGAAAUUGUUCCCAACGCUACAACUUUCCGCGAAAUACACGUUCAACAUGGCUUAACUGGAUCGUUCAAAGACGAUUCGUUAGCAUUGUGGCUGCAAAGAUUCAACUCUUCUGAAAAGGAAUAUCACAAAGCUGUUCAAAAUUUCACUGCGUCCGCUGCUGGAUAUUGCGUUGCCACGUACCUACUUGGCAUAGGUGACCGACAUAACGACAAUAUUAUGUUGACAAAGAAUGGCCAUGUGUUCCACAUCGACUUUAGUAAGUUUAUGGGCGAUGUGCAGAAAUUUGGCAGCAUCAAAAGAGAUCGUGUACCGUUUGUUUUGACGCCGGAUAUGGCUUACGUCAUCAAUAAUGGCGUGACAUCUACUCAAAAUUUUCAGAAAUUUAUUGAGUAUUGCUGCACAGCAUUUAAUAUAAUUCGGCGAAAUAGUCACGUAGUGUUGAAUUUGUUGGGAUUAAUGGUGUACUCUGGGAUUGCUUAUCUCUCGCACAAGGAAGAUUUAUCUUACGUGAGCGAGGCACUGCAAUUGCAUUUAAACGAGGAAGAAGCAACCAUGUACUUCACGAGACUAAUCGAGAAUAGCUUGUCGUCUCGCUCAACCCAGUUAAACUUUUUCAUUCAUAACGUCGCUCAGAUGAAAAAUGUUACGGAUACGAUUUUAAGAAGCUCUCGUUCCAGCCCCCUGUUCUCGUUUGCUAAUAAAGUACACAGUGCAGAAGAAGACGGUAUAGUGACAUCGGCAAGAGUCGUUGACUUUCAGAAACGAUACGUACCCGAUAAGCAUUAUGUAUUUGUUAUUAACGUAACAAGGGAAAAUCUAAAAGGCCCGAAAUUUGUGUUUCGGCGUUUCGAAGAUUUCCAAGAGCUCCAUGCGAAGCUAAGCUAUAUUUUUAACGUAUUUAGUGGCACUGUUUUACCAGAUCUCCCUGCAAAAAUAAUUAUCGGGCGAAGUCAAAUACGGGAAGUAGCGGUUAAAAGACGAGGGGAGUUGGACCAUUAUUUAAACUUGCUUUCGAACAUCCAAGAUGUUUGGGGUUCAGAGAUCGUCUCUUCGUUCUUGCACAGUUACAUCAAAGACGUCGAAGAAGAAAGAAGGUUCGCAGAAUUCGUGACGUUGCUACAAGACGGGCGAAAGUCGCGCAUAGGAGGUAAACUCAAAUUAUCGUUGGUUUAUAAAAAUAACUCACUUCGACUACUUAUCAUGCACGCUACUAACUUAAUACCCAGGCGCCUUCAAGGGUUAGCCAAUCCGUACGUAAAAUGUUACUUGCUACCAGAUCCCUUGAAGCGCUCAAAAACGAAAACGAAAGUUUGUCGAAAGUCGUUGAACCCGACAUUUAACGAAACGAUAGUCUACGACCUGUCAUGGGAAAUUGUGAGAAACAGAAUUUUACAGGUUACAGUAUGGGAUUACGAUAAUUUAGUGGAGAACGAAUUUUUAGGGGGUGUCCAUUUUUAUUUAUCAACUUUUGAUUUAAAAGAGAAAAGAACUGAUUGGUACACGUUAACUGAUGUGGAAUUAAAUGAAUAAUUCCGUGCCCGUUAUCUGAUGUCGAGUUUACUGAAUAACAUGACUGCGGUGUGUUUACGUGUAUUGCUUGCAGCAACGAAGAUAUAAUUCGGGUUUCGUAUGUGCCUGUUGCUUUCUAUGGUUACUUGGAGAGGGCGGGGGAUAGAGUGUCAUUUAGUCCCAACUAGCUUUCAACUUUCAAGUGCGAAUGUUAACUGUUCCACCAAAAUAUUUUUUAGCAAGAAUUGGUUUAAAUAAUCACCCUUCGUGUUUCUGACAUUUUUAAUGUUGCUUGUGAAAAAAAGCUGCCAUGUUGAAAAUAAACAAGUUGAUAUAUAACUUGUUAUUAGAUUAUAAAAGGUGGAAAGAAUUAUUUUAUCGUAAGAUUUUAUGUUAAUAAACGCCCUUGGGUGCCCUAACCACUGUCCCCUCCCUAGUCAAUCCACUUCUAAAACCAACUCGUCCGCCCUAAAUAAAACCAAGCGUUUGUACAGCAUCGUUUAUUUAAGCUUCUAUGUUAUUUUGAAUUGUAUAUACUGUUCUAAUAAUUCAUUUUACUGCAUUUAUAAACUCGUCCCUUGAACAUCAAGUUUUCAUUGUUUAGAGUGUUCUACCUUGAUUUCUAAAGGUCGGUUUCCAUUACCAGAAAAAGUGUUUAGCAACUAUCGCACAACAGUCACUGUUACGACUUUAGUGGAAACACAUGUUGUACAACAAAGCGACACAAAAAGAUGUCGCACAACUAAUGGUGUACAGGUUUUUUUUAUUGUAAUGGAAACCAAGCUUAAGGAAUAUUUAAACUAUUGAGAAAAUUACCAUUACAAAAGUUGUAUUUAGUCGAUUUUCUCUUCGUAUUUUUCGCUUAGUGUAAACACACGUUUGCUAAUAUUUUGUAGCCAUCAAUUUGUAUUUUUAAUGCAUUUUACAUGAAGUUGGAUAAGAAAAAAUUUAAAUAAUAUAUUAUUUAUUAUAUGAUAUAGUUUGUAUUUUUUUGUUAUUAUUUUAUUUUUUUAUAUUAUUUUAGUUUCAAAAUGUUAAUAAUAAUUAUCUUUUUUAUCCAUUGUUUUUAAUAUAGAUGUCAAGGUUUCUUUUUGUUUUCAGUAAAAGUGGGGUCGAGGUCAAAAAUACCUCACAGAAAUCUUCAAAAUUAAAAAUUUGGCAAAAGUCAUUUUUGUCACCUGACACAAGGUUGAAGCUUGUGUCAGGUGACUUUCGAGGGUGGGCGGCUAAAGUUUACCUCGAUUAACUCCCCGACUGGUAAUUUUCUCUUACUAAUUUUUAUCCGACUAAAUCUUUCGAGGCAGGCCUAUGUUUUAUUUAAAAGUUCCAAUUUUGUUCCUAAUAAAGUCAAGUAGCUAACUUUUUCUCCAUAUUAAUUAAUGAACUUUGAUGAUUACACAGGAGGGAAAAGAUGUCAAGAAAUAGAAUACCCAACAAUGCUUACUUUCUAAAUAAUUGGAUUUAUCUAUUUUUUUACUUUACGUAAAAACAAACAUUAAUCUACUAUUCAUUUUCCCCAAUUUAAGUUUAAAGGGUAAUUCAGAAUGAAUUUUAUUUAUUAAAGUAUUGGUAAGGAUUAGAUUUUAGAUCUUUUUUUUUUGAUUCGAAUAUCUA